UGUUAUUAUCAGUGAGCAGCGGGAUAUGAGCUGUGAGCGGUGCGUUGGAGAUGCCGCAGACAGUUGCAGUUUCACUUACAGAUGCAUAAACAAGGAAGCUGCCGGAUAAAUAAAAAUCAUAAUUCAGCAAAGACUAAAAGAUCUUCACAACGAGGAUUUUAAGGACAUCGGAUUUCAAAAUAGUGCUCCGGCGCAACGCAACCGGUCGAAGGAUACUAGAAGCUACGCAGCUCCUUUAAUCACUCGACUCGAAGUAAACAAGAGAGUGAAUGUUGACAACUAAGUGCUGAGUAAGCCACAGAGUGUGAUGCUGCCUCGAGCUGGAGGAGCGUUAGUGCAGACGACACAAAAAAUCGACGCUCACGCGGUAGUAGUUUAAGACAGGGGAAAUUAUCGAAUUUUGCUAUCCGUUUGUGUUGUUAGAAAAGUAGCCUUUUAGCAACUUAGGGGCCGUUCAGACCGAACGUGUUAUUGCACAUUACAAAACCUAGACGCAGUGUAACGAAUCGAACAGAAACGCACGAGACGCGUCGCAACGGGCAAAGACGUCCGUCAAGCGCAUGUUUACAUAGAAAAACAGCAUAGGCGGACGCUAAACGUGUUCGGUGUGAACGGCCCCUAAGCAAGUCAGCAGCUAAUGUCUUCGAAGGUGACGUCUUUGUUUUAAUGCGGGAUUUUCUGUGUGUAUUAGUAGCCAAACAUUGGCUGUGGCUUGCAUCAUAAUGUUAUUUUAGAAACAGGUUUGUAGCCUUUAAAUAGUGGGGUUUAUACAGAUCAAUAAAAGUGCUGUCAACAGAGAGUCUGUCAAAAUGAUGGAACCCCAGGAAAAUAUUGAGCAGGAUGACACCGCAUCAUCGACAUCACCGCAACCCACAUCUCUGCCUCGUCAGCGCGUCUCUCUGCAGAAGAGCAGCGUGUGUUCGCGCUCCUACUUCAUGGUGGUUAUGGUUUUCUUCCACGUUUACAUCAUCAAUGUCAUUGCACUUCUGCUGUAUGUUCAUUAUAAUAACGGCUCUAACACGAGCACGUCAAACCGGGAUUUCACGAGUCGAGGUAGCAGUCAUAAAGUUACCGGAUCACCGGAUUUGCAGACUCCUGCAGACUCUGGAUUCCCUCGAAAUAUGUAUCUUCCACGCAUUGAAGGAAUACGGGUGGGUCAUGUUCAGAAAGUGUCAUUGGUGCCAGGCAAAGUCCAUGUGAUGAAGACACUCAGUCUAAAGCCCCUACUGUUUGAGAUCCCUGAAUUUCUGUCAGAGGAGGAGUGUAGUGUAGUUGUGCACCUGGCUCAGCUGAAGGGUUUGAUGGAGAGUCAGGUUAUGGUUCCUGAAGGUCAAGAGGAGCUUAAUCAGCAGCUUAACCUAAGUCCCGAAGAAAUCUUUAAUUUCCUUGACCUCAACCAGGAUGGCCAACUGCAACCUCAUGAGAUAUUGACACACUCUCGAGUGAGAGAUGGAAUCUGGUUAACUUCCGAGAACCUUAAGGAAAUCUAUGAUGGCCUAAAAGUUGAUCAGGAUGGAAAUGGUCUCUUGAGUUUAGAGGAGUUCGGAUGUCUGAGAAGUGAUGCCUUUCAGCAUUUUCUGCUACAGCGUGGAGUGGAGAGGAGCCAGCUGGUGAGGAACAGCAGACAUACCUGGCUCUACCAGGGCCAGGGAGCACAUUGGGUCCUACAAGACCUCCGCAAAAGAGUGACACGUUUAACACGACUCCCAUCCUCGCUGGUGGAGUUAAGUGAACCGCUUCAAGUAGUGCGCUAUGAGCAGGGAGGCCAUUACCACGCUCAUCAUGAUAGUGGGCCAGUGUACCCUGAAACAGCCUGUACACACACUCACCUCGCUGCCAACACCACAUCCCCAUUCCAGACUUCCUGCAGGUAUAUCACAGUUUUGUUUUACCUUAAUAAUGUAGAAGAAGGAGGGGAAACAACCUUUCCGGUGGCAGAUAACAGGACCUAUGAAGAAGCGUCAUUGAUACAGAAUGAUGUGGAUCUGUUGGACACGAGGAAACACUGUGAUAAAGGCAACCUGAGAGUGAAGCCCACUAAGGGGACAGCGGUUUUCUGGUAUAACUAUCUUUCCGAUGGCAGAGGUUGGGUGGGUGAUCAGGAUGAGUACUCUCUUCAUGGGGGCUGUGUGGUCACGCGAGGGACCAAGUGGGUCGCUAAUAAUUGGAUCAAUGUAGACCCAGACUACCAGCGGCAGGCACGCUACCAACAGUUUGUUUCACAACAACAAGAGACACAGGAGCAGGAAGAACUGAUUUCAGAACUGAACUCGGACCAGCACACAGAAACACACCAAGACCUGUAAAAAUACACAGCAUGUUCUGUAGCACACACACUUCUACUUAGAGCAAUGCACAACACAUACACAUACUCACUUGUGUGUCAUGAUCUAUAGAUAGUUACUCACUCUCUUAUCACACAUACACACCCACACCCAUGCAUGCCAAGACUAAUAGACACAUUACCAUUCGAUUACCAGCAGAAAAUCGCGUGUACACACACACACACAUACCUCAGGAUCACUCAUACACCCCAAAGCAUUUAAACACACUGACCUCAUUCGCAGACACAUACCAAUACAUAUACAAAAUACGUCUGUUUGUGUCUCAUUCAAAAAAAAAACAAAAAAAAAACAUUAUAAAAAAGACAUCUCUUCAUAUUCAGAACUGAAUGAGGCUUCACCCGAUCUCCAGCAGUCCCAGUGACUAAGUUGGAACUUCUACUAGGUUGGAUUCAGGGAUAAGCAAGAAUAAGCUUGAGCUUUAUUUAAUUGUGAACGACAAUGCUACUGUUCCGAUUGUAGAUAUCUGAAGGAAUUAUUAUUUAUUUUUUCAUGGAAAUGCAGCCAUAUUUGAUAACUAUGUUUACAUAUUGUGUUUACACUCUAGUGUACCUUUUAAAAGCCACAUGCACACUGCAGCUAAAGAUGGUUUUAGGGUAGUGACAACCGCAUACUUCAACAGGAUUCGCUCACUAAAAAUUAACCGAAUUGAACAAAUAGUUGUUAAUGCAGUGACAUAUUAAUUAGUAAUUUGCAGCUACAAAGCAGCAUCAGAGCUAACUGUGGCAGUGCUGGCACUGGAUCUCACGUGAUCCGCCUCCUGAUACCAUUGGAUAGUGUAGUUGAGUAGGAAUAACUACUAAUAACACACAGUACAGCGACUUGGUGACCUCCAGCAAUUUAUUAGUCAUGUGUGAACUCCAAAAGUGUGCGACACCUCCACAGACGUUUAGGGUUAGGUAAGGUGCUCCCUAUAUCUUUGCUGGCGAUUUGGAGCUCCUGCCCCUUUUUGGAGCUCUGUCUGCAGCUAUACCCUUCUCAAACAAUUUGCAGUGUGUAUGUGGCCAAAGAGUGUGAAAAAUAUUCAGUUGCUUUCUACUGAAGAGAAUUUCGCACAUUUAAAAUUCCCAAAUGUGUUUGAGGAAGAUGACCUGCAGAGGGUGUUAAAGAAAUAUUCCGGGUUCAAUACAAGUUAAGCUCAGUCGACAGCAUUUGUGGCAUAAUGUUGAUUACCACAAAAAUUAACAAUUAGUUUAGUUUGUCCCUCCUUUUCUUCAAAAAACAAAAACAUUACAAUACUCACCUUUUCAAAAGUAUAGUUACAAGAAGUAAACAAUAUGCAUGUUAACAUGAUUUUAGUGUGAUAAAAUAGCUUACUAACCUUUUUUGUGUAUUUUACAGCUUCAAUGCCAUUACUAUCCCCUACUCUUUAAAAAAUCUAAAAUCGAGGUUACAGUGAGGCACUUACAAUGGAAGUGAAUGGGGGCCAAUUUUUUAUUACGACAUUAAAUACUCACUUUUUCAUAAGUAUAGCCACAAGACAUAAUAUGCAUGUAAACAUGAUUUUAGUGUCAUAAAGUUGAUUACUAACUUUUUUUGUGGCAAGUUAUAGCCGAUUUUACAACUUCGUUUCCACAACGAUGUAAUGUCAACAAACCUUUAAACCCUAAAAUGACUGUAAAAAUUACAAUUUAAACAACUUUACAGCUCAAAUAAUACAUGAGUUUUAACAGAAGAACUUAUGUAAAUGCUUUUAUAAAAUUAUAAGCUUCACAAUUCUGUCUUUUUAAACCCUCCAAAAAUGGGCCACAUUCACUUCCAUUGUAAGUGCCUCACUGUAACCUUAUUUUUUGCUUUUUUAAAAAGAAAAGGUGAGACGAGUCUAAACUAAUUUUUGCGGUAAUCAACAUUAUGCCACAAAUGCUUUCGAUUGAGCUUAACUUGUAUUGAACUCAGAAUAUUCCUUGAAGCAUUAGAUAGUUGUAGUUUCAAUGAACUACAGGUUUGUUUACUAGCUUUAGUAACUAAAAACACCAGGAGGUCCAACCUAUGUGACAUGUAGUAAGCCUCCAUCUCUGCCAGAUGUUUCUUGCACUUAUUCCCUCUCAGAUACUCCUGAAGAUAAGCAUGUUAAACUUGCACAAUCUUGUAUGAUUUGUUUGGAUUUUAGUCAUUUAUAUUGAAAUGUUUUAUUUAGUAAUUACAAUGUUUGCCUUUUAUGAAUUGCAUCCAAAGAAGACUAACUGAAAUUAAUUUUAUUUAUUUAUUGUUUAUUUAUUGUAGUUUAGUCACACUGUUGCUGUGACCUUAAAAUGCACAGAAUCACUUUCUUCAAUAAAAUAUUAAAUAAAGACAAGUCAUGCCUAAGUAAGUUUCUUUAAAAACACACGACUUUUAUACUCUCAAAAAAUAAAUUUUCCUCCAAUUUGAUGAUUUGUUAUCACAAAACUCAUAAAUCACAGUAAUUGCAUUUCAAUUAAAAAUAGGUAUUCACCUUAGAAACGAGUAAUCAUUCAAAUUUACAAUAUUCCCUUACUAGUAACCUAAAACCAGAAAUUGAAACAAACAUGCAUAAUACGUUUUAAAAGACUACAUUUCAUAAACAUCUCAAAUCAGAACACUGAAGUAACAGUUGUACCUUAUUACUCCCAACUCCUGACCAAAAUGCUAGUAGAUAAGU